AUGAAAAAACAGGGGCCAUCCUCUGAUUCGACACCGGCAAAAUCAGAGCAAUCACAACAAUGCACAGCACUCGCAACCACAACCACCCUGCCCUCUUUGGUCAUGGAGCUUGGCUGA